AAAGAAUGCCUUUAAGCCGGCAAUAACAAGAUCGCAUUGCCUGCUUUCGCAAUUUUUCGACGAAGAGCUACCAGAGCUUUUCCUUUUUCACCACAGUGAAAGAGACCGGGACGAAAAAAAGAGAGGUACAGAGUGCAAAAGAGAAGAAAAGCCGAAGAAGAGAUUUUCAGAUGAAAAUGCCAUUCGGGUUUGCUUUCGGCUUUGGUAUUAGAGCACAUACACGCACACACAAUCACACACAGCCACACAGCGGAUGCUGACUGUUUGCAAAAAGAAAAUGGAACAGAAAGCACAUCAACACAAAGUUGCCCGCCAUCUCUCCGUUUUUCUAUGUGUGUGUGAGUGUUAUUCCUGUGUGUACUGUGUGUGUGUGCUAUUUGUGCGUGUGUGUGCGUAUUCGUUUCAGCUCGGGGAAAACGAACGCUCGUCUGCAGCACUUAUCUUCAUGGGAUAAAUCUCACUACUGGUCGCCGCAGUCUGUUUUCUAUACGGGCGUUAAGCGGUCGUCGAGCACGGUUAAAAUAAAUAAUAAAAUAUACCAUACAAUAAACAAAAUAACAACAAAUAAUUUCGAAUAAAAAAACAACAAAAUUCUACAAAAACACUAGCCAAAAAAAACAUAAUACCAAAGAAAUAACGAAAAUAAAAACAAGCGGCAAAUGCAAACAAGUUUCGGAAGGAUUUAAACAAAUAGAGUUUCAAUUUCAAUUCCAGCCAAGGAUAAAACUCAACCCCUAGACAAAACAAAAACAACAAAAAAAAAAAAAUAACAAAAAGCACAGAAGGAGUAAAAGCUCAUACAAACGAGAAGCCAAAUGAGGGAAAAUGAAGUGCCAAAGUGUUGAAAAUAAAGCGAAAGCAGCCAAGAGACGAAAUUGAAAUCGAGUAAAAGAGAAAAAGGUUUUUUCGUUCAGUUUUCGGUAAACGCGCAAGCUAACUUCCGUUUCGUUUCGUUUCGUCCCGUUCCGUUUCGUCUCGUUUCGAUUGAAUCCCGCCGCCGUUUCCGUUUCCGUUUCGCUCGGCAAACAUUUAAAUGGCUACCAGCUGCUUAUGAUGGAGACAUUCCUCGUCCUGGGCCUGUGUUUCAUCCUGUACGAGGCAUUGGAUUUCUUUCAGGGCUGCAUCCACAGUAAUACCCCAUCGCCCAGUGACCAAAUCGAAGCCUAUCGCCGCGAACUCGACGAACAGCGACAGCAGCAGCAGCAGGAACAAUUCCUGGCGGGAUUGACGCCAUUGCUGGGCGCUCAGUUUGCCGCUGCCGCCGCCGCGGCCGCCGCUGCCGCCGGUUCGCAGUCGACGUUGGGCAGCACGACCACGCCCACCGCCUCAACGGCCAGUGUGAUUAGUGAUUCGUACGAUCAGGAAUCGCAAUCCCAGUCGCAAUCGCAAUCGCAGUCUCAAUCGCAAUCUCAGAAUCAACAGCAAUUGCAUUCGUUAAGCACUCCCGGUCUGUUUCGACCUGCCGCCUUGGGCUACUACGAUCCGGAGGAUCCACUGCAUGCCACAAAUUCCCUGCCGCGGGACUACUACUAUCUGCAGCAGCAGCAGCUAAAGAAUAAAGUCAGUUCAAGGUCACUGCUCUCAAAGUUCUCGUCGACAAACUCGGAUAAUCGCAUACACCCCGAGGCAGGUGCCGUUUCAGGACAUAGUGUUCUGGGCGCAGCGGCUGUUAUUACCAGUCAACCACUGCCGGCCGGUGAGAUACCACCCAGUCUUUUCGAUCAGCCCGGACAGCCGGCAGUAGUGGCUCCGCUACAAUUGAAACCGUCGUCGCCCCUUUUCGUAGAGCUCAAAAGGGCCAUCAUCAGUCAGAGCCAGUGUCAUUCGGGGAUACAGCAUCAACAACAAUUGGAAUCACCCGAAGAACCACAGUGUCCACAGUGUGAAGAGGAAGAAAUACAAUAUCUGGCCGAGAAUCUAGACGAUCUUGUUGAGUCCGAAGAGCAGGAGUAUUCGCCUGGCGAGGAGGAGGACAACGAGGACGACAACGACAACGACGAGGAUCGGGAGGAACAGCAUUCGUACGUGGGAGGAGCCACCAGUGAACCGGACAUUUGUGCCGCCACACGACAACAGCAGCUUCCCAGGAUCCAUCACAUCGCCAUCGACGACAUUGCCACCGGACAGGAUCUUCUUUCCGUUUCGGGCCACACGUUGGGCGCCAAUUCUCACGCCGAUUUCAGGGAAAUCGAGUGCGAGCGACUGCGACGCAAGUGCGUUAGCGUUAAGCGCAUCUAUAGCAUAUCGGAGAAGUUCUAAUUCAGAUCAGAUCAAACCACCACCACUCAAUCUCAAUUCGAUAUCUCAGUUCUCAUACCUGUACAGCCCUCACCAUCUUGCACUUCAAUCGAAAUAUUAUCGAAAGCAAAAAUAAAAACGAAUCAAAAUCGAAAAUCGCCAAAUCAAAAAAGUCACCAAUCAAAAACAAAGCCAAAUCAAAUCGAAACAAAAAAGAAAAGAAAAAAAAAAACAA